CUGAACCCAGCUGCUCCGCCUUGGCUUCAACAUGGCAGCGCCCUGUGAAUCAGAUUUGGAAUCUGGUAUUGGGUUGCCUUUUGCCUGCUGUGAGGGUCCUGCGGCAGUGAAGAGGCCACAGUUUGGUACCCGGUUCUUAACAGAUCCAAGUUGUGUAUUCCAGCACAACGCCUGGGAUAAUGUAGAAUGGUCUGAAGAACAGGAAGCAGCUGCCAGAAAAAAAGUCCAUGAAGGCUGUGCUCAGUUGGUGUCUGAAGAACAUCGAGAGGAAUAUGAAAGCAAAGCAAGUAAGUACUGGAAUGACUUUUACCAGAUUCACGAGAAUCGCUUUUUUAAGGACAGACACUGGCUUUUCACAGAAUUUCCUGAAUUAGCAUCUAAUUGCACCCAAAAUUCAGUCAUGGAAACAAAAUCUGAAUCUGGUUUCUUUGGCCUUGGAAGCCACAACUCCUUAGAUGCUUGUGCUUCACCCCAGUUAGAAAUCUCCCAAGAAGUUGGAAAUGGAAAACAAGAAGCAACUGCAAACAGAAAUCUGGAUGAGACCUAUAUAGCUGAACAAGAAACACAGCCUGUUAAAGACUUGGAAAUUGACCAGAACAGUGAUGAAAACAGGGACCUUUUGGAGCACAUAAAUACCAAGUUAGAAGCUGUAAAACUUUGCAAUGGCGAUUUCCCAGGAUCUUCUGCCAUGUAUCGUAUACUAGAGGUGGGGUGUGGAGUUGGAAAUACCGUCUUCCCAAUUUUGAAAACAAACAUCGAUCAAGGACUUUUUGUGUACUGCUGUGACUUCUCCAGUACAGCCGUGGAGCUAGUUAAGAGCCAUGAAGAUUAUGACCCAUCACGCUGUUUUGCCUUUGUACAUGACUUGUGUGAUGAGGGAUUUGCCUACCCUAUACCAGAGGGGACCCUUGAUAUUGUCAUCAUGAUUUUUGUCCUGUCUGCAAUUCAUCCCGACAAGAUGCAGGGUGUUAUAAAUAGGCUUAGCAAGCUUCUUAAACCUGGUGGAAUGAUCCUGCUACGAGAUUAUGGACGUUAUGAUAUGGCCCAGCUUCGAUUUAAGAAAGGUCGGUGUUUAUCUGAGAAUUUUUAUGUCAGAGGAGAUGGGACCAGAGUUUACUUUUUCACUCAAGAUGAACUGGAAACCAUUUUUACAACAGCAGGUCUGGAACAGGUUCAGAACUUGGUAGAUCGACGGUUACAGGUCAAUCGGGGGAAACAGCUGAUGAUGUAUCGAGUCUGGAUCCAAUGCAAGUACAGAAAGCCCUUCCUACAAGUGGAAAAUAACCAUACAUAAACAUUUAUACAUAGGUUUUAAUGUCUAAGCAUAAUUCAAAAGUUCAUCUCAAGUUCAGCAGAACUAUUGGAUCCAUAAAUCUGCAUGAUUUACCGAAGUCUGUGACAUGUAGGCAGUGGACCGAAGUAGACCUGCAAGUGAUACCAGAAAACUUACAGAAAAACUAGUUGUAGAAAUAAGCUACACAGGCUCUCUCUCCAAAGUGUGAUGUGCAACAUUUGAUAUCUGCUUUCUCUGGACUUUGGAUUGUGAACUAUUCCUUUAACAGUUUACCAUUUAGGAAUCUACUUCUCACAAGAAUCCCUGGAGACUCUGGCAGACCAGCUAGGUGUAGGGUAAUAAGGGAAUUGUUUCCACUGAUACCAGUGAAUGCUUCAGUUUUGUUACUUUACUCUUGUUUCACUGUACCUACGUUACCCACCUGUAGUUGUUUCUUGCAGUAUUCACAAAUAGUGACUUGCAAAAUAUCAAUUUAAUAUCCUUAUUUUAUAAUUGAUGUCUAAAUAUGUUUUCAUGUAUUCCAUUGUGGAUUUUGAAAUGUAGAAUUCUUCCCAAAGCAUCAACCAUAUGAUCUGCUUGGACACGCAGGUUAUUGCAUUUCUUGUGUGUUGUCUUUCAGAAAGGUUGUGUGUAUUCCCGAAACACUGUAGUUUACCUUCAUGUACUUCAGUUUGUUAGGCUGUUAAAGAUAUACAUUAUUUCAGUGCCUUUUCCGUGCAUAGUAACACCCCACUACCACCACAACUUCUUGAAAUGUGUCCCCUUUGGGGUGCUGUUUAAAUAUGGAGAAUCACUGUUUUCUUUGUUCUGUACAGGCCUUUUUCAGCGUGUUUUCCUUGACUGUAGCAUCUUGAUUUUUAUAUUGGUUUCAUUGUUAGCAUCUUGCUAGUAUUUCAAGGUCUUUGUUCUGGGGGUCUUGGGUGUUCAUAUUAGAAAGUAUUAAAAUAUAUUUUGUAGAAACAGAGCAUUAAAACCAAAAAUUCUGAAAUGCACACUUUCACAGAUCCCAGUGAUAAUGAAGACAGGGAUUCCCAAUGCUUCAGCUGGAUGUGCAAGUACCACUUAUUACAAGGGAUUGCAAUCUGUUAUGUGUAUGCCUAGUGCCACACCACCAUAUUAUAUUACUAUAUUACUGCACAGUGCAAUUCUUAAGUGAUUGUUACAAGUAAGUAUUGCUGUUUCUUUCAACAUUUCAAACAUUGUAUUGAGUAUAAAAAGGUACCUCAAUUUGUAUUUCAGAAGAGUAGCUUCACAAGAUCUUUUAUUAAUUCUCCAUUCAACAGCUUCACAAAAUUAGCUUUCUUUUAUUAAUUCUCCAUUCAAAAGUGCAGCUUGGUAGGUACAGUUUGAAAUACCUUUCUGCUUACCUACCUUACUAAUGUACGCUGCACUUAUUCAUGCAGUACCAUAUUAUCACACAAGACACAGGAACAGUUUGAAAUACCAUAAGAUAUGUUUAGGCACUUCUCUACCUUACUUCUUCUAAAUGCAGUAAAACAGUCAAAUACUGAAAAUGUAUUCUAAAACAUAGCAAUAUGUAUUAAAGUAAAAUUCAGUUAAAAAGGCUAGUAUUAAUUAGCUAAAACAUUCUCUUUAUUUCUCUAACUUGACUAUGCAACAACUGUAAAUUUAAAGGGCAGCAUAACAGAAAACAGUAAUUAAAAGCAAGCACAUUUGUUAGUGUAAGUUAGUCUAAGUAGUUAGGGGAUCAGUGUUUUCCAUAUUGUCCUGCUGCUCACAGAGAUACAUAGUAUAAUAGUUGUAAGUGCAGCGAAUACAUCUUUGGCACAGCAUCCUCUCCGUGUGAACUCAUCCAAAUACAACGGCACCAUGUUCAGUCAGUACCGUUCAUGUCCUUGAAACACUUCUUGGCUCAUCACCAUUAUCCUUCCAUAGCGUUGGUAUGUGCACCUGUCACUGGGUUGACAGUUUUUUAAAUGGUUCACUGUGUGGUGCACAUAAUUCAUCCCAAUGUCUGAAAUGGCCAAGGAGGCUGCCACUCAUCAGUAAUGAUGGAACCACAUGUUCCUUGAUUGUUAGUUUCAUCAUGCUGGGAAACCAAAUUAAUGUGGCCCUGCUUGCUGGUACAGUUGUGUAUUCCAUGCACCCACCUGUCAAACAGGCCUGUGUUUCAACCUCUGUUGCAUUUAACACAGACCAUGACAGAUUCAUCCACAUAUACAUUUUACCUGGACCACCUAAAUGAACAGCCGCUAUGCAUUUGUUCUGGGAUCUUGCACUUCUGAAAGCAGAUCCCUUGCCAUUGUGAGUUUGGCACCCUCUUUUGCAGCACUGCUAUGCGACAGAAGAAUGCUUUGGUCUUGGCUUCAUUUCACUUGGAAGGAUGUCAUGGCUUUGCAGGAAUGCUACUUCAGCCAUACGCUUUUGUGACUGUCUUCAGUGAUCUGUCCAUACAUUGCCAUGAUUGUCACUUGAAGGCAGUGUUAUCCCAAACUUCAGUAGCGUAAUGCUUGUCACAUGCUACUUUCUUGCUUUGAAUCUGCGAAUUGUUAAUUUCCUCAGCAUACACAUUACUUUGCACUUUUCCUAUAAAUAGCACGUUUUGCAGUUCUUUUAGACCGUUUGCAAAGGAACCAGCUCAUAUUGAUGGUAUUUUUAUUUUGCACUACAUCAUGUUAGUUCUUAUGUGGCUUAUUUGAUAGCUGUGCAAAAGGUUAAGGGGCUGCAUGUUUUUCUUUUGACAGCUAUGCUCCUGUCCCUCUUGAAAGCUCAGCCCACUACCUGCACGUCACAAAAAUAGUAGAGUUUUUCUUUAUAAUUGCCAUCGCAGUUUUCGAUAUUUACAGUGCAGCAUAAUUAAAACCAUUGCUUUGUGGGUGGAAAAAAAAAACUCGCACUCACCAAGAUUGUGGUCUAGCCCUUCUUUACACCCCCUUAGAUUUAUACAACAGGCCUAGAGUUGUAGCAUUUUGGGAAAUGGAGUAGUUGGGACAAGAUGACAUCUUGGCACACUACAACAAAUGUUUUAAUGUAAUACUGGAAGUCUGGAUUUUACAAAUAGGCACUGAACCCAGAAUUUUCCUGAUGAACUAUGUUGAAACAGUUUGUUUUUGCUGGAACUCUGCAGUGUUUCACUAUCAAGAUUAGGUUCCUUGUAGACGUAUGUUAAGUUGGAAAUGUUUAAUUUCAGGGUGCUGUCUCAUUCUGUCUGUUUUGGUACGAGAGCAUUUUAUGCCUUUUAAAAUGCAUAUUUUCAUAUGACCCCCCCCCCCCCCCCCCUGCAAAAAAAGAAAAAAGCUAUCCUGGUUGUUUCUUGCAUUGCUUUCACAUAAGGAAGGACCGGAGAAACAGUUGCUUUAUAGACAAGCUUUUGUGUAGAGUCAGACAUGAUGCUGUUACCAGCAUUGGCAGAGCUGGUAGCACUUUCAGUCCACAAAUGUGCUGGAUAUUAAAAAUGUCACCAGGAGCUGCUUGUGGAAAAAGUACAGUAAUUUAAUUCAAGUUUCAGGAUGCAUCCUGUUAAGUCAUUUGUAUUUUAAGUACUCUGUUCUUUGAUUAAAAAAAAUGUAGCUUUUUGA